AUGGUCCACCACAAGUCGGCAAAGUCUGGCCUCGCGCUCGCUCUAUGGCAUUAUAUUCCUCGUCGAAUACGACUCCUGGUAUACCAGGGACUCGUUGCCAUCGGCCUUGGGCUCUACCCACCGACAUCCUCCCCCAAGUGCUUCCGUCUGCCGUUCGGCCUGUACGCCAAAGUGGGCAGGACGGCCACCUUGGAGGCCCAAGCGUUGCAGCUCAUCGCUCAAUAUACCGACGCCCGCGUUCCCCGUCUCGUUGAUGCCCUUCCUUCCGCGAACGGGUCGUUCGUCGUCAUGACCGCUAUCGAUGGCAUACCGCUCAGAGGACGGCUGAACGCGAUGACCGCCGAAGAAGUCGCCUCGCUCGCCUCUGAUCUGAAAGCGAGUUUCGAUCAAGUUCGCACUAUACCGCGAAUACCGCCCAGCGCUGCCGUGUGCGGCCCGGACGGAGGUCCAUUCUACUGCCCGCGAGUCGACCACUCCCCAGUUGGGCCUUUCGCUACCGAAAAGGACUUUUACGCUUAUCUCAUCUCCAAGUCUCACCUGCCGCAUCAACCUCGCCUCAAAGCCAUCGCAGAGAAGGUGCACAAUACCCAGCACCCACUGUGCCUGUCACACAACGAUCUGCACCCCCUCAACAUCCUGGUCGAUGAUCGCAAUCGACUGGCAGGCAUCGUUGACUGGGAGGGUGCGGCCUGGAUGCCCGAUUACUGGGAUUACACUCGGGCGCACUACGGCCCAGAGAAUUACGCCGCUUGGCAUACGCUUCUGGAUCAAGUGUUCGGCUCUCAACCCAACGAGCUCUGCGUGGAACGAGAACUAUGGAAAUACAACGAUCCGUGGUGA